CGAAAUGGUAUCGUCCAAAGAUGGCAACCUCCGUGUUGAAGCGAUGUGUGACUGCAGCUGUCAAAGUUAACCGUUUAUCUCCGUCUCUUUCAGCUAGAAGAUGGUUGCUCUCAGCGGCUUACACCGACACCAAAGUGUGGGAGGCGAGGGAGAAAGAUCAUCAGAACCUGGCUGAACUGGCCGCCACUAUGGAGAGGACAUAUGAGAGGAAGCUCCCAGUUAGCUCUCUGACUGUGUCGCGGUUUGUUGACAACAUAUCAUCUCGGGAAGAAAUUGAUCAAGCAGAGUACUACCUUUACAAGUUUCGUCACAGUCCAAACUGUUGGUACCUCCGAGAAUGGACCAUGCACAGCUGGAUCAGACAGUGUCUAAAGUACGGGGCCAGGGAGAAGGCCCUGUACACGCUUAAAAACAAGGUUCAGUAUGGAAUAUUCCCAGAUGACUUCACCUUCAACCUGCUCAUAGAACCUUACAUUAAGGAUGGAGACUUUAAAAGUGCGUGCUCUGUGGUUGAAGAGGUGAUGCUUCAGGAAGCCUUCAACCUUCCCUCCACACAGAUCCUGUCUCUGUACGCUCUGGGCAGUUACCUGGCAACCAGACCACAACUCAUUGUGUCAGAAGAGCGGGCUUUGGGGGCAUCGCUGCUCAUCUGUGGACUGAAGCAAGACAACAUUGUUGGCCUCAGUGCUCAGCUACUUGGCAAUGCUCUCCUCGGCAAGGUGGAGAUUUCAAACGGCAUACACGCCGUGUUCAAAGGGAUGCCUCUCUUCUGGGGUCAUGGAUAUCUGGACCGUGCGCUGGCUGUCAUCGAGAGAGUGGCUGCUGCUUCUGGUGACGUCAAGCUGUCCAAAGACACCCUGGACUACAUGAAUGACUUGCUACAGGAAAUGUCUUCCACGUCAGACUCUGACACUUCUGGAGAGGAGUCAGGAGGUGAGGAGGAGGAGGACAAGAAGGAAGACAGUGUAGAUGAAAAUGAUCGGGCAGAGCAGGCCAAGCUACCUCAGUAUGCCAGCAGAUUCAAGGAACUGAGAAGCCAGCUGGAGUCUCAGGGUAAGCUGGACUCUGCCUCCUUCCAGGAUUUAGUGACGGCUCUUGCUCAGCAGAACCUGGCUGCUGCGGAGAAACCGGACCUGGAGCAGUACGAGAGUCGCGUGCAGGCCUGGGAAGCUGAGAGGAGGCAGCUGAUCCAGAGAGAGAAAGAGAUGAAGGAGAAGGCAGAGCAGGAGAAACAGGAGAGGUUAGCUGCCAACGCUGCAGCUCAGGCGUAAAGACAGUGAGGAUGGAGCUGAAUCAAGAUCAAUGAACUGUCCUUUGAGUAUGAACAUUAAAGUUGUAUAUACUUAGGACAUAAUAAGAGUUUUGUGUCUCUAAAAUUGUGAAAUGUCAACAUUAGAUCUCAUCAUGUCACUAGUUAAUAUUGUAUAUUACCAAUUAUUGUGUGUUUAUUUUAUAAGUAUUGCUCUGUUUUUAUAGAAUUGAACUGGGCUAAUAUAAGUUUAAUGUCACAAUAAGAUUGAUUCAUUUGUAUCAGAAAAACUGUCUCACAUUUAUUGUUUUUCUGUUGUGGACUAUGGGAUGAUAUCAUAAUUGGAACAUAUGCACACAUCAAUUGUUAGGCCCCGUGGUCGAGUGACCUCAUGUAAGCAAAAAGAAGGGAAAGCUGGGAAAAGAUCUUACCAUCACAUCCUCCCACUCCUUUUCCUCUCGGCCUGCAGUCAUCUAGGUCUGUCUGUCUGUCUGUCUGUCUGUCUGUCUGUCUGUCUGUCUGUCUGUCCGUCCCUGUGUAUAUGUGCUUGUGCGUGUGUGUGUCUGUCAAAAGCAUCUUUGAAAGAUUUCUCACAGGGGGAAAUGAAAGGGGUAUUGCAUAGAAGAAUGCAAGAAUUAUUUUCUGAUAGCCAAUCUAGAAAAAAACAACUUCUGUUCACCGAAAGGAA